AUGGACUCUGAAAAAAACUCGCGACUGAACCAGAAGACGUUUGGCGUGACGAAUCGCAUCUGGAUCAUCCUAAUGCUAUUCGUCUUCAUUAUCGUCCUCACUCGCUUCGUCUUACCCUCAGAUCCUUCUCUUCCGCGGCAUGGCUAUACGGAUACUAGUCGUCUCACUCCAAAGAACUAUAUGAAUGCAACUGAUACAGACCCGAAUCCGUUCGAGUUUUGUCCCUUGUUUGGACCUGGUGACGCUGUUGGUGCAAAACAUGGGAUUCAUGCUCUGAUGAAGAGCAGGAUGCAUCUGGGAAGUGGUGCUCGUGUUCAGCGUGUUAUUCACAAAGCUCUGUCUGGCUUGCCAGUAACAAUCAGCAUUCUCGGGGGAUCAGUAUCUGCAUGUCAUGGUGCCGGUGAUGACCCAAUCUCUCCGAGGUGCUAUCCCUCCCGCUUCUUCCAAUGGUGGAACGAAGUAUUCCCUCACCCUGCCUCCGAACUCACUAAUGGUGCACAAAGACGUACAGACUCAGCCUACUUCUCCUUUUGCAGCGCACACCACCUUCCGGAUGUGACAGACCUCGUUAUUCUUGAUUUCGACGUGGACGACCCCUUAGAUGAUGCGUGGAAGGCACACUUUGAGCUUCUCGUCCGCUCUAUCCUCGUUCGGCCAGACCAGCCCGCGGUUGUCAUUUUAGGCCAUUUUAGUCCGCAGAUUAUUGAUACCUAUGGAUUCCAUGGACCAGAAAUCGUUCAUAAUGUGAUUGCACAAUUUUAUGAUGUCCCGCACAUCAGCACCAAACCGACUCUCUUCCCUUCCUAUAUUGCGAAACCGGACUCAAUCAAGGCAUAUUACGCCGACCCCGUGUUGGCUAGCUCUGCGGGCCACGAACUCAUCGCUGAUGUACUUAUCCACUACUUCCAAUCGCAAGUAUGUAGUGCUUGGGCUGUUGCGACUGGGCAUGCAUUCGAUGUCGCUUCGCCACUCCUCUCCGAACCUGGUGCAGGCGCAGGUGCGAAUGACGCGCCAUUGAUGGACAAACAUGGUUUAUUUGGUGGUCUGGGUAAUCGUCUUGCGGACGGUGCAGGUGGCGUCGACAGCGCGGCAAAACACAACCCUCACCUCCGUGUACCUCUCGGUCGUGUAUCCGCUCCUCCAGGGGAACAACAACGAGCUUCAGCAGAGGAAGUCGCACCAUACUGCGUCAGCGCCAACGACCUCAUCAACCCUCUCCCUCCGAGUUUGUUUACCGGCUCGGGAUGGACGCAGGUGCAUCCCUCACCUGGGUCUGUGGGCUUGACUGCGUAUGAGCAUUAUUGGAGUAGUGCUCAGCCAACGAGUCGGUUGCGUGUUCCGAUUCAGGUUGGCGCGGGUGAUGUUGCGGUGUAUUACCUUGUGGAACCAUUGAGGGAUGAUGAUCCUGGCAGUGCGGUACAGUGUUGGGUUGAUGAUAAUGUGCCUGGUGCUCGAAUGCUGAGGAAUAGAGGAUUUGUAGAUGAGACCACUCCGACCGUCACCGUAAUCGACCACUACGUAACACGAGGCUCGCACUUCGUCGAAUGUCAAUUAAUGGGCGAUGAGGGGCAAACUGUACCUGCGUUCCGACUUCUUGGAAUUUUCUCUUCAUGA